CAGUGAGGCACGUUGAUUCCGAGGUGGUGAAACUAUGGUGGAUCCGUGUGCGUUCAUGCAGAAACGACCACACAUACACCCAUACAUGUCCACUGACCCACCUGUAACUCCAACAAUUAAUUAUUAAAGAACAUUAAGGAACCUCUCUGUGUCCUGCUGAUCAGAGCCCCUGUCCUCAAAGUGCUAUCAAGCCAGCACCUUCCCAGAGUACCCACUCACAUCCAGCACCCCUCAUAGUUUUCUGCCAAACAGCAGUUCAUAUGGAAAAAAUCCUGUAGAGGCAUGGGAAACCUCCUGCACUGCAAACAGAGGAUCUAGCCACCUAUCCCAAUUGCAGUCAUCCUUGUGCACAAACUGUAUAUCAAAACUGAGUGAAUGUGGUAUACAGGGUAACCAGCUGACAUUCAGGGUGCAUCAGGUGGGAGCUAAUCACGGCCUUGACACUAUGCCUUACCCCCGAUAUCUAAUUUCUACUGGCACAACAGGAUAUUUGUGAACGUCCCCAUGCACACACUUAUGAACCCAUGAUGCCUAACCAAAGACCGAGUCAAAUCAGGUUUUGGGGAACUAUAGACUUUGCACAGUCAGAAUCCACCAUUGCCCAAUGUACAGUAUACCACCUGGAUCCUUACUGGAAUGCUGGGGGCACUCUCUGAGGAAGUGUUGGCCCCAUUUCCAGCAGUCCUGCUUUGUGGAACCCCAGGUGAGUCAGGGGCAAUGUCCGUAGUGGCAGGAACCUGGGACAGAGAGAAAGAAGAUGGAGGAUAAGAGGAUUAGAGCAUUGAGGGGAGGGGAAAGUCUCUGGUGUGAGUGUGAGUCCUGGCUUCCUGUGGGAGGCUGGCAUUGGUCGGACAGCUGCUCGUGGCUGUACCUUUGCUCCAGGGCCCCUGGGGUGGAUAGUGAUCUUCCGCCUAAUGCAGUUGCCAGAUCCCCAAGGCAGUGGCACUCACCGCCCCCGCUGGCAGACCCUCCACAAAUUGCUCCAGUAAGCAAGCAAGUGGACCCCAAAGUGACACCAGUGAUUCAGCCCCUCAGACGUCUACCGCUUGCCCUCCGGGAUGGUGUUGCAGCCAAACUCUGGAUUUGUGUAGCUAGGAGCUCACCACUCUCUUCCAUGGCUCAAAGGUAUUCUCAAAGUUGGACCUAUGACAAGGCUACCUUCAAGUGCCCCUCCACCCAGCCAGCCAGCCGGGAGCCGACCUCUGUCUCUCAGGUUGCUUCGUUCCUGGGAGUGACCAUUUAUUACCUGUGCUUCCUGCCCCACUACUCUGACAUGGUAGCAUCCCUGUGUCAACUACUGAGAAAGGAUGACCCAUGAUCUUGGUCAUCAGUAUGCACACAGGCCUUCUCUACACUAAAGACACAGUUAACCUCUUCCCAUGUCCUUGCCCAAUUUUGACUCUUCUGUCCCACCAAACUACUCUGCCUUGCCAGAUGAUGAGGAACCAGUCCUCAUUCAAACACUGUACACACCUCAGCAGCCUGUAGUCAUGUUCAAGGACCUGCAAGCAGAGUCAGACAAGAACCCAAUACUGUCAUCUGUGUUUCAGAGGGGCUCUGCACAAUCAUCCCAAUCAACCUGCGUGCCCACAAGGGGCACCUGGGUAUUAUUAAAAUCUCGAACUAGUAUCGUGGCCAGCCAUUGACCGGGACAUUGAAUAUCUGGUCCGGAAAUGCCCAGCACGUCUACAGAAACCACAUACUAACUAUCUGGAUGGGGACAUCAUCGUGAUCUUACCACACUUACACACUUACAUUCCGUACUUAACCAAGUGCUAUGAAAGCAUUAAUUAAUAGUCCUGUACUCACUAUAAGCAAAUGUUUUAUAGUUUGCCACAAAAUAAAUCCAUUGAAUGUGGCCGUUUUACUCAAGUCUCAACUUGUAUAAUUGUCUAAUUACUAAAUCUAAAUUUCAAAUCAAUGUAUCCAAGAGCAAUGGAACGAUACAGUUUCUAUUAAAAGAAAUAGCUGCAAAUAAUCAAAUUAAUUGUCAUAAAAAUGGCUAUGACAAAAUGUGUGUUAUUCAAAACACCAUCAAUUCCAUAAUGCUGCAAAUCCAAAAGAACCCCUUGCCUAGUUUUGUAACGUUAAUGUUAAUUUCACUAGCUCACUGUGAGUUUGUGUGAGGUGCACUGGCAGAGAAGAACCCAAAAGCAUGACAGAGACAGAGGAUUGAUAACUUAGGAGAUGGUGAAUGGAGUAGCCAUACCCGUUGUCCAGAGCAGUGGCGUAACAUAGUAACAACGGGCCCCAGUGCAAGCUUUUAUAACCCACACACACACUGUAUGUGGUAUAUAUUACACAGCAAUGUUGUUAUGCCCCAGUCCUAGGACAUAACAAGAUAAAGCCUCAUCUUCCCCAAGUUCCAAGUGACCGCUAACAAUUUUUAGUUGUAUAUUCAGAAAACAAAAUGAUGUAUAUACAAAAGUAAUUUAAAUAACAAAAUUAGAUGACAAUAUAUUUUAACUGAGGUAUAGGCUUCAGGGUUGACUAAGGCCAAAAUAACAAACAAAAAGUUGCCUGUCUAGAAAAUAAUAAACCUUACCUAGUCAACCUUAAGGAAACCAAAUGACAAGGUCUACAAAGCUGAAGUUUGACCGGUUACGUGCUGCCAUUCUGCCCUCUGAUGUCCACCAUAUCGGCUCCUUAUGUAGCAGGUGGUGGAGUACAGCCAAUCGAGAGCCAGGGCCCAGAAGCACUCCACCAAUCCUGGCACGGCAAUGGCACACACCUAUUUGCCUCGGAGAUUGAAGACUAAAAAAAACGCAGGGCACACACAAAAAGCACUCACAGCAGUGUGAAAUAAAAAUAAUGACUACAGUCAUAACAAUGUUUAUUUCACUUUGGCUAUUGUACUGGAAAGAUAGAAAGCAGAGGUCAAAGGGGAAGUGAUCAGAACCAUGGACAGCACUUGGUCAGAGUGCUGAGAGGUAAAAACUAUAGCUGUGCCUCAAUAGUCAAGGCUGCAAAUGUCCAUGGAUGAUGUGUAACAGUUAGGGGAUGAAGUAGGCCACAAGGAGUUGACCAUCUCUCUGUUUUCUUAUUACAAGGAUGUCCACCAGAAUCAUUGUCUAAGCAGGGCUAAGGUGUGUUUCAAACCUGGAUGACAAGCCACAAGACAAUCUGGCAGAGGAGAUAACCUUCAACAGACUGGAACCAUUUCUCAACUGCUGCUGGAAAUUAUGUCUUUGUGUUUACAUACACGUGUACAGAGUGUUAGGGAAGAAGAUGAUGAGUCAGUGGGGAACUGAAGGUGGAAGGUGAGAGGAUAAAAGGAGCAAACUGUGGAGCAACCAUCUACAUUGACAACCGCACAGGAUCAGGAAGGAUAAUGGGAAAAGUGUUGUGGCUGCUGGCCUCUCUGGCCUCUGUGAUUUAUCUGGUUGAUGGUUCUCCACUGAAGGUGAUGUCUGCCCCAAAUGUGUUACGUGUAGGAACAACAGAGAACAUCUUUGUGGAGUGUCAAGACUGUACAGGGGGAGACAUACAGGUUCACAUCAACGUAAUGGACCAUCCAACCAAGCUGGUGACCACAUCUGUGACCCUUACCAGUGCAAAUAACUUCCAGGCACUUGGACAAAUAAAGAUCCCCGCUGCAGUGUUUAGCAAGGACGCCACCCUGAAGCAGUAUGUCAACCUGCAAGCUCAGUUCCCUGACCACCUGCUGGAGAAAGUCGUCCUUGUGUCCUUACAGUCCGGCUACAUCUUCAUCCAGACUGACAAGAGCCUCUACACCCCUGACAGUGAAGUUCUUUACAGGCUGUUUGCAGUGACACCUCGUAUGGAGCCCGUGCAGAGGAAUGAGAUGAAUGACUUAAUUGACGUUGAGAUUAUGACUCCUGAAGGCAUCACUUUAGCUGUUGAAUUGGCCUCUCCACUAUCGGGAAUCCACUAUAAUGAUUUCAAACUAGGUGAAAAUGUCAGUCCUGGAGUCUGGAAAGUGGUGGCCAAAUUCCGCAACAACCCACAGCAGAGCUACACUGCAGAGUUUGAGGUCAAAGACUAUGUGCUGCCAGGUUUUGAGGUGAAGCUGACGCCUUUGAGCUCCUUCUUCUAUGAGGACAGUCCAGAUCUCACUGUCAUCAUCAAAGCUUCGUAUCUGUUUGGUGAAGAGGUAACUGGCACAGCAUACGUGGUAUUUGGGGUUAUGCUCGAAGGUCAGAAGAGGAGCUUUCCAAACGCUCUUCAGAGAGUAGCGAUUGAAAAUGGUGCUGGAGUGGCCAAACUGAAGAGGGAACACAUCACACAGACCUUCCAAAAUAUCGACCAGCUUGUGGGGAGUUCCAUAUUUGUAGCAGUCAGUGUGCUGACAGAGAGUGGUAGUGAAAUGGUGGAGGCAGAGGUGAGAGGCAUCCAGAUCGUUAGAUCCCCCUACACCAUUCACUUCAAGAGAACACCCAAAUAUUUCAAACCAGGAAUGUCCUUCGAUGUUUCGAUUGAAGUUGUGAAUCCAGAUGAAACUCCAGCUCAAGGUGUUGCUGUGGUGGUGAAUCCAGGUGAAGUGAAGGGUUUGACUGCAGCUAAUGGCCUUGCAAAGCUUACCGUCAAUACAGAGGCAAGAGCAUCAGAUCUGAGAAUCACUGCAAAAACCAGUGAUCCUCGUAUUUUAGCAGAAAGACAAGCAUCAGCCACCAUGGUAGCUCUUCCAUAUAAAAGCAUAAGCAACAGCUACAUCCACAUAGGUGUGUAUACAGCAGAGCUGCAGUUAGGAGACUAUCUGAAGAUCAACCUCUACUUGAACAGGCCGUCAAAUCAAGACACUGAUAUCACAUACCUGAUCCUGAGCAGAGGUCAGUUGAUCCAACAUGGCCGUUACAGGACAAGAGGACAAGUAAUAAUUUCCCUGACCAUUCCCAUCACCAAAGACAUGCUGCCAUCAUUCCGCAUCAUAGCCUACUACCAUCCAAAUGACAAUGAAGUGGUAUCAGACUCUGUCUGGGUGGAUGUCAAGGACUCCUGCAUGGGCUCGCUGAAGUUAGAACCAUCAAGACCUGCUGCAUCCUAUAAGCCUCGAAGAAGGUUUGGUCUGAAGGUUACUGGAGAUCCAGGAGCCACAGUUGGACUGGUGGCAGUUAACAAAGGAGUCUCUGUUCUGAAUAACAAGCACCGCCUCACCCAGAAAAAGGUGUGGGACAUUGUGGAGAAAUAUGACACAGGCUGCACCCCUGGUGGAGGAAAGGAUGGUAUGAAUGUGUUCUACGAUGCUGGGCUGUUAUUUGAGUCCAGCACAGCUUCUGGAACUCCUUACAGACAAGAACUAAAAUGUCCAGCCCCCAGAAGGAGGAGAAGACAAACCACUAUUAUGGACGUCACAAGCAGCUCAAGUGAGAUUGAAGACGACAGUUACGUGGACAGCAAUGAGAUAGUGUCUCGCACUGACUUCCCUGAAAGUUGGCUGUGGACAGACAUCAUUCUGCCCUCUUGCAACAAACCCAGCUGUGCAUCCGAGAAAAACGUUCCUUUACCAGACUCAAUCACAACCUGGCAGUUCACUGGCAUUAGUCUGUCAACAACCCAUGGAAUCUGUGUCAGUGAGCCGUUAGAAGUGAUUGUCCAGAAGGACUUCUUCAUUGACCUUAUACUGCCCUACUCUGCUGUCCGUGGAGAGCAGCUAGAAAUUAAGGCAAUUCUCCACAACUACACCCCCGAUCUUAUCACUGUGCGUGUGGAUCUGACUGAGACGGAGGAUGUGUGCAGUGCAGCGUCUAAACGUACAAGAUAUAAUCAGGAUGUCAGAGUCGGGCCCCUGACUACACGAUCAGUUCCCUUCAUCAUUAUACCCAUUAAGUACGGACAAUUCAACAUUGAGGUCAAAGCAGCCGUGAAGGACUCGUCGCUCAAUGAUGGAGUCAUGAAGAUGCUGCGGGUGGUGAACCUCUUCACAUGCGCUUGUAUAGGCUUCCUUGAUGAUAGAUCAUUCAGUUUAGAUUUCAUCUUCUUCCUCUUCGUCAUCCGAGUUGUAGCGUGGAGCAUCAAAGCGGUUUGCCAAGCUGCGAGUUGUGCCCAGCAGGUGGCCAAAAGUAGGCGGUGGUCCGAACCGACAUCAGCGCUUCUCUUUAUUCUGCAGUCCUGUAGUGUUCCCUGCCGUCUUCCAGAAAAUGUGGUCUAUCUGGUUUUCAACAGAUCCAUUGGGUGAUAUGUGGAAUUUUAUGUGGAAACAAGGUGACAGACAGACGACUUUAU